CAUCACUUCGGGCCAACCACAACCAACUUGGACGGGCCCGUCUUUUCCCGCUGCGGAAGCUCUUGGAGUGCCAGGAUGAGAAACCACCUGAUCUUCGUUUCUCUUCUUUUCCUUCUCUCCCCCCUUCUACGAUCCUAAUCUCUAAUCCAAUUCCUCGUAAUCAGUCCUCCGCGACACUCUCCAGCUUCACAUUCAUCACACACAAUGGUUCUCCCACGCACUGCUGCCUUCCGCACCCUCUUCGCCUCCCGAUCCGCCCGGGCUGGAGCCCGCGCUAGCUCCCGGGUGAGCUCACGAUGCCAGCAGCUGGGACGACGAUCCUACGCCUCCCAGGGUGGCCACGGCGGCGAACAGAAGAGCAGUGACCUCCCAUGGGCUGUGGGUGCCGUUGCCAUCACAGUCCCUUCCGCCUACCUCCUGCUCAGCUCUGGUCCUGAGCUUCCUCACGGUCAUGAGAAGGAGCAGGUUCCCAAGAGUAUAGCAGAGCCCGAGGAGCCGAGGGAGGAGGCCAAGGAGGAGGCCGAGCCCGAAGCCCCCAAGGAAGAAGCCAAGGAGGAAGCCCCCGAGGGAGCCAAGGAGGAGGAGAAAGAGAAGCCCGCUGAGGACGAGAAGCCUUCUCAAUACGACCAGCCCGGGGCCGUUAAGAUGAUUGAUGGCGCGGGCAAGACUCCUGGCUCCAUUUCUGGAAAGCAGGAAGGCCUCGACAACGCAAACACCUCCAACCCUUUUACGACCGCUCCUGGCAAGAGUGAGAAGGUAGAGGGCGAUGUCGAGACUGCCAAGCUCAAGGGCUCCGUCGACCCCCAGCGCCCUGAGAAAUAAAGAAAUCAAGUCGGAGAAGACUAGACUAGCUAGCCUCCUGGCAAAAAACAUGAACGAGAUUAAACGUCUGGUUUACACCUCGCCUGAAAUGACCAGUCGACUGCACAUGUUCACGUCUAAUGUUUUAAGAUGAUGCAUAUCCUUGAGCUUGGUGUGGAUUGGAGCAAUUCGGCCGUGCAAUGUUUCUUUCCUUUUCCUCCUAUCUCCCCGUCGCGUGACGUGAUGUAAUAUACAAAGCUCGUUUUGUAGAAGUUGAAGAAUAUAUAGCGUCAAAAGAGGGUUUCUUUCGCCUGGAUA